UCCGUCCUGGUAUUAAUAGUAUUUGCUCAGAACUCAUAACAGACUGCCCCUGAUUGGCUGCUUUAGGUGUUUGUUUGCAUAGAAGAGGAAUGCGAAUCAUAAUGGGAGAACUAGUUCGCCAACCGCCAAUAAAAUCUAUAAGAAGAUGAUAAUGGCAGAAAUGUUUAAUAAUUUAUAUUAAUUUGCCUAACCACAUCUGCGUAACUACAUACGGCAUCGGUUGACACUUUAAAGCCUUUCGUUUAACCAUUCUAAAUCAUUUGGGAGGAUGCGAACUUGAGAUUUCAGCUGCUUUCUUUUUUGAGCAAUCGAAAGUUGGAUCAGUGUAAUCAGAGUUUGUAAGUAGAAGUCAUGGCGAUAGCGCAUGCCGCUACGGAGUACGUGUUCACGGAUUUCGUGCUGAAGGAGCCCGCGUCAGAGAACCGGUAUAAGGGCAUUCGGUUAGAUCUGGCGCUGGAUAAGAUGGUCACCUGUAUCGCGGUCGGUCUGCCGCUGCUUCUCAUAUCUCUCGCCUUUGCCCAGGAAGUGUCUGUCGGUACGCAGAUUAGUUGUUUCUCCCCCACAAAGUUCUCAUGGCGUCAGGCUGGUUAUGUGGAUUCGUACUGCUGGGCGGCAGUACAAACACAGGACACAGGAGGCCUUCCGCUCUGGCUGCAUAAGUUUUUCCCUUAUAUCCUGUUGCUGGUGGCAAUAUCGGCGUACGUGCCAGCUUUGUUUUGGCGAUUCACGGGAGCCCCUGAGCUUUCAUCUGAUCUGACCUUUAUAAUGGAAGAACUGGACCGUUCCUACAACAGAGCCAUCAAAUUGGCCAAACGCCUUCACACUACAGGAGCACUGGAUUCUCUGUCAGCCCGUGUGGACUCACAAAGCUCUGUGCUGGACCUUACUGAGAGCUGUUUUAGAUAUCCUCUGGUGGAACAGUACUUGAGGACCAAACGCUUCUCUCGUGGACUUCUGAUCCGAUACCUUUGUUGCCGUGGAGUCACCUUCUUGGCCCUCAUGUUAGCCUGCAUCUACCUUUGCUAUUACAUCCGGCUCUCGAUCACGGACGAGUUUCAAUGCGACAUCCGGUCUGGAGUGGUUAUAAACGACUCCUCAGUACCAGCGGCCAUGCAGUGCAAGUUAGUUGCCGUUGGCAUCUUCCAGCUGCUGAGCUACAUUAACCUGUGUCUGUAUUUGCUGCUGUUGCCAUUGUGCUUGUAUGCCAUGUUGGUUCCAUUCAGAAGGGCCACAGGGUUCUUGAAGCCCUAUGAGAUGCUGCCCACGAUAGGGGUGAUGCAAUUUGAGAGGCUGGCCUGGGAUGAUCUUUCUCUAUAUUUGCUGUUUUUGGAGGAGAACCUCAGUGAGCUGAAGAGUUACAAGUACUUGAAGGUGUUAGAACUGUUGAAGGGGGAUGGAGAAGAGCCGUUGGACAUUAUGCUGUUGUUGCAAACUCUUGGACAGGUAAAAACAGACAUGGUGGAUGGCAGAUCGCCUGAAGACCGGGAAACCUCCAACACCAACAGCAAUGGCACAGAGCUGAAAGAGGUUUUGCCGCUUCUGGAGGAGAACAGCUUUGGAAAGUGUGAAGAUGAGAAGGUUGUUCGCCAGAGAGUGAUCUGAAUUGCUGUUUCUAUGGUGACCACACUGCCAGCAUCCUGCUGAGGCUCCCAAUAUCUGGAAAAGACAAAGAAAUACAUUUCGGGGGAAAAAGAAGAGGAAUAGACUGGACAGAGGAAUCACCCUCUUGCAGUUUCCCUGCAUAAAUGGAUAAUCACGUUUCUCAGGACACAACCUUUACUCAGAACUAUUCGUGAAUGCCUAGGUGUGUGCAUGCAGAGUUAACAGAUUUUGGCUUUAAUUGAAAUUGAUGUCGUAAAGCUAAAACUCACAUGUACUGUAAUAACAGUCAAGGUUACGAAUGUGUAUAGAGAGCGUCAGAAGUGAUACAACAUAAUGCCAACAAAUUGUAUUUUGGGGUUUCAUAGUACUUCAAUUAUAUUUAUAGCAGAGAGGUUAUAUUUAUAAUUCAGUUUUAUGGUACUUUUUAAUAGUAACACUGCACAGCAGAUAAUUACCUAUAUGGCUUAAACAGUUAUUAUUUUAUCACCUUAGUAACAAAAAUGUACAGUUAGUGAAAUGUUCAGGUGCAUUCUUGCACAUCAUUUCAACUCGUCAGUUAAAAGCACCUACAGAAUGCUGCAUUGACUUGGACAGCUUUUUAAAACUGAAUAUCAUGAUGUGGUUUCUAUGAUAAUAAUGGACAUAAAUCAGUAGUACAUGAAUGAUGAAAUCCAUGAAGGAGAUAUGCUGUCAUGCUUGUAAUGGAUGUUCAGUAGAAGAGUUAUUUGGCUUUCAUGUACCUUGGCCAUCUGUGAUUGAAUGUGGAUUCACAGGGCUGUGGUUCACUUGGGUCACAGUUGUCAGUUUCAGUGUUUUAGCUGUUGUAAACAACAAAAUAGGAAUAAGCAUUAGAAGAUUGUGUGACAAAAAUCAUGGGAAAAGCUACAUCAACUGUCUCAUGUGGUGCAGAGAUCGAUGUUGUCAUUUUGUUUGCAUUGAUUUUUGUUUUGAUUUUUUGUAUUUUUAUUUUUUUUCAAAGAUGCCUGAAAACAUUGUGCUUUGUAUGUCUCUAUGUGCUCUGAAAUUAAAGUUGAUAAAGUU